AUGAAUCAAAAUAUAAAAAACACUUCUCGGGCAGAUCGAAUAAGUAGCAAGGAUCAACAAAAGAAAACUAGCUUCGAGGAAGUUUCACAAAGCCCCCCACGUAAUAAUAGCUUUGAAUCAUCAAUGGAUACACGGUUUAGCUAUGCAAAUUCAAAUAAAAGCAGCAUUUCCUUUGAAUCUACUCAGACCACAGAGAGGCUUCUCGAUAAGCUGGACCUUAGUUUAGAAGACGAACGCCUACUCCAAGAAGCUUUGUUAGAAGAGGAAAAUGCCUCUAGAAGCUCUCAAUUGUCACAAACAACAGCCGGUCCCACAUUAUGUAUGCCUGCGUCGGAGUUUCCGUCAUUGAGGUAUAGAAGCAGUCCUUCCCCAACAUAUGUGCAAGCUAGGGAUCGCUCUCUUAUAAUCAACAGUCUAAAGGAGAAGGAUUCUACAUUGAGAGGCAAAUAUUCUUCUUGCAAAGUGGAAAGGCAUUUGCCAGCGAAAUCAAGAUACUCUUAUAUCGUCGAAGAAGAUCAUGACUCCGAAACUUCAAACGGAAUGAACCCUUCAAUGGACAGAAAUAACAAUCACUACAAAUAUCCGAAUCCUGAUAAAAAUGAUACCGCUACAAAUACCCCGAAUGCUUUAAACUUUGAAAAGUAUAGAAUUGAGAACACGAAACUGCAGCAUUUAUACCCGAUGUUAAUAUCUGAUAACAAUAACAAACCCAAGAAUAAAGACUGGACAACUGAAAAGGAGAGCUCCCCUAAUGAAUACACGUCUAUGCAAAGAAACAACCACCUUUAUCGAAAUGGAAGUUCGACAAGCACCGAUACUUCGUUUUCCGAAGUUGGGCAAUUAUCCAAACCGAAAACUCAAUCCUCUUUUGAAAGUGAGUCUUCAUCAUUUUCUAAACUCAGAAUAACGACAAACGAUACUACUCCUGUUAAAACCUCUCCGAGACGAUCUGGUUCUUCUACUUCCACAAUAACAAAACCCAGUACGCUGACAGACGAUGUUUCAGUACCUCCAACACCACCGUAUAAAACUCAUAAGAAAAAAUCCUCAUUGAGCUCCCUAAAAAAACUGUUCAAAUCUCCCAGAGCAAGGACAAAGAACAAAAAAGACUUUGAUUCCGAAGGCUCGAGCCCAAGUCACUCUACAACAAAUUUGUUAGACUUUUCCGGUGAAAAUAUCCAUUUGCCUCAGACCUCCGCUAGUACUAAUAGUUCUAACCCUCAUUUGGCUAAAUACAUCUUCCCCCCAAACCCUGUCUUCCAUUUCAAAACAUCAUCAUCAGCUCAACAAAUUGCUGAUAACAAAAUAAACGAUAAACUACGGCCAAAUAGGACUCAUCUGAGAACUUUUUCAGACUUUCAAAGAAUGGAAAAGAAUUCAAAAACAACUGAUCUAAAUGCUCCGACAUCACAAUCAAGUAAACUUAAUUGUUCUAGAGUCAGAAGAAGAACACUUUCCCUAGACGGCAUGGUACCAAAUAAUCCAACUCAAUACGCCGACAUUCUUAAUCACAAGAAACAAGAAUCAAACACAACAGACACUCGCGAAAAACUUAAAUUUCAUCAAGAACCUUUUAAUAGUGAUGAGUCUUCACAUAUCGGGUUGGCAAUUACCAUGCGUCAUCAAGGCAAACUAGAAGAAUCCGCCCAACGCCUGAAAAAAGCCUGCAUGUGUGGUAACAAGACAGCAUUCUUGCUUUAUGGGCUAGCUCUACGACACGGUUGCGGGGUGGAUAAGAACUUAAAGCUAUCAUUAGGCUAUUUGAUGGCUGCCACUGAUAUAAAAUCCUUUACCACUGAAGUUCUUAAUUUAGAUAUAAAUCCGUUAAACAUAACUUCGAUAAAUGACAUUCCUGAUAUAGCGCCUGAACCAACAGCCCCCGCCUUGUAUGAAUGCGGUAUGGCGUAUUUAAAAGGUCUUGGAGUAGACUACCCAGAUGAAAUAAAAGGUUUAAAAUUUUUAGAGAAAGCUGCCAUAUUGGGCCAUGUAGAUUCUAUGUGUUUAAGUGGAACAAUUUGGUCCAAGACUUCAAAUAUAAAAAAAAAAAAUCUCAUGAGAGCAGCUGCAUGGUUUAGAAUAGCUGAUAAAAAGGGUGCGAACUUGUUAGGUUCAGAUUGGAUUUAUAAAGAAAAGUAUAUGAAACGAUGUCCAGAAUAA